AUGGGUGCUGAGGCGAAACGGUAUCUGGAGGACCAUUCAAUUCCUCAACUAUUCGAGAGUCUUAUGACCGGACUUAUUUAUAAUAAGCCUGAAAAUCCGAUUGAUUUCUUGGCGAAUGCACUCUCGAAAAUUCGUGAACAACCGGACAUUGAACCUGCAUGGGAUAUGUUCAUUGAGAGCGAUGUUAUUGCGAAAAACGAUACCCCCCGUAGAGAAGUAAAGAGUUCCUCAUCUAAAGCGAAUAAACGACCAUCUGUGACAUCGAGUUCGUCUCGUCAAACGAAUCGAGAAAGUCAGCAGAACGGUACAAAAUCUCGAACCGAGUCAAGAAAUUCCGAACAAAUGAGGCCGGCAUCAGUAAUGGAGGCAGCUGAUCUGGCUCGAAUUCCUGAUGUUCCAAUAAUUCUAUUUAUGGGUGGUCCGGGUGGUGGCAAAACAAGGCAUGCGGAACGGGUUCGAGUCGCACUUUCGGAUCAAGGACUUGUGCACAUUUGCAUGCCUGAUAUGAUUCGUAACGCCAUAACGAAAUAUAAGGAACGCUAUCCGGAAUGGAAAGAGGCUGCGCUCAGAUAUCAGAAAGGCGAGUUGAUACCAAACAAUCUGGCAUUAGCGUUGGUGAAAGCUGAAAUGGGAAAACAUCCGGAUGCAAAAGCGUUCUUCUUGGAGGGAUUCCCACGUGAAGCGAGGCAAGUUGAAGAUUUCGAAAGAGAGGUAAGGCCUGUCAAUAUGGCAUUAAUUCUUGAUUACGAUGAGGCAACACUUCGAAGGCACAUGCAAAAUCGAGGACUCGACGCGGAUAUGAUCGAUGCACGUAUACGAGAAUUUAAGCAAAAAACACUGCCAAGUGCGAAAUAUUUCGACGAUCAACGACUUCUUCAUCUUAUUCCGGGUGAGAAAGAUGAUCAAACGAUAUAUGAGCGCAUGAAAAUGCUUGUGCAAAGAGCGAUGGAUACUGGCAUUCCAGUGCUUAACUCGUCUAGCUCAAGUCAACAAAAUACACCACAACCGCCUCAGAGUUCGUCCCAAUCGAACGCUCCAUCGGUAAUUGCCGCAGCUGCUGCGACCGUAGCAGUGGUCGCACAAGAAGCAGAACAACAACACAAUCAAUUGAAAAACCAAAAUCACAAUAACGUCUCGUCACGUCCCCCAACUCGUUCAUCUCGACCACAAACUCAAGCCUCCCGAACCUCACGACCUCCUUCACUGCCACCAUCUCGACAGUCAACAAAGUCCAGCACUACGACCCAAGUUGCGCAACCCAAUGGCAGUGCCAAAUCGCAGACACGUACGCCAACAUCAAAAGCUCCAUCGGUGCCAGCAACUCCACCGAAAACGGCAGCAUCGCAACGUGAGCGAGAAAGUGCUAAAAGUUUGCAACCAGAGUCAAAACAAACGGAACAGCCGAACGCAAUUGAUUUGCCUGACAAAGCAGCUGUAGGAGCUGCUGUGACAUCAACGUUUGAGCUCGAGUCAAACUCAAACCAAGAAAAUGUUACUGAAACCGAUACCGUGUUGUUGGCUAGCACCCCAGCCAGAGACGAAGCAGCCGAACCAAUCAGCAGCACACCAGUUGAGGCAAACGAAUUACAUGACUCAUCACCGAUUGUCCAAAAUGCUACUGUUGAGGAUGUCGAUGAAUCAAGUCGAACCCCCGAAACUGCCAUGAAUGUGCAGCCAAAAGACUCACAAACAGUUCAAAAAUCGCAAGCUGAGACGAAAGGAACACCUGCAGAGAAGUCUUCAAAGCCGAACACUCCAGAAAGAAGCGACAAUCAGUCGAAGGCAUCUGCUAAAUCAAAUCGAUCCUCAAUCAAAUCAGCAACGUCUAUUAAAUCAGUCAAAUCGAACACUUCAAAAAAGACCGUAACUGAGGAUAAAGGCGAAACACCAGAAAGCACAACAAUGAGUCCAAAACCGACAAAUGCAAUCGAAGUACCCGUCGAGGUUCAUUCGCCACCCCCACAGAAUGACGUAAACGAAGGAGGUGAUGAAGAAGAAGAGAAGAAGAGCGAAGAAAAUAAGGAACAAGGAGAAAAAAGUCAGCCUCCCGACUCUAAGAUUUCUUCAACUGCUAGCACUCCUGGACCUGCUGGUUCUACUGCAGCACAAUUAGCCGAAGUAGCCGUUCACGAUACAGAAUCGGCUGCAGUUACUCAGUUGCCUCGCGGCCUGCCAAACAAUGCACCUGUUGUUCUCGUUAUCGGUGCACCCGGUUCAAACAAAGCUGCAAUUGCGCAUCGAAUCGCUAAGAAAUAUGACGGUUUUGUUUCGUUGAGUAUGGGUGAAUUGUUGAGACGGCAAGUUCGUCAAAAUCCAGACGAUGAACUCUGGCAGAGGAUCGGUAAGAAGAUGAAUGCUGGUGAAACAGUUCCCAUGAAAAUUUGUCGAGACUUGUUAUAUUCUUGCAUUCAUGACGUUGGAGGACGGAGUUGGGGCUAUGUGAUCGAAGGAUAUCCAAGAACCCAAGCACAGGCUAUCGAUUUCGAAAAUCAGUUCGAAAGGUUGGAUUUAGCGAUUUUAGUGGAUUGUACUGAACAGUAUUGUAUGGAUAACAUAAAGAAACGGCUUGAAGCUGCGAAAGAUCACAAUGAUGCAAGGGCUGGUGAGUAUGUAGAUACAUUGGGCUAUGAUAAACCGGAUGCAGUGAAAGUUCGUUUGGCAAUGUUCAAAAUGAAUACACUGCCAAUGUUGAAAUAUUUCGAUGAUAAAGGCAAAUUAAGAGUGGUACGCUUUAAGACGAAAAGGGUUGAUGGCGAUUUGGAUGUCGACAAGAUAUUCGUUGAUGUUGCUUCAGCUAUCGAUAAUACUAUUUUCAUUGGAGAUCAAGAGAGCGGUAAAAGUUUAACUUCAUCAAAAGAGGAGUCAGUAGACGGUGCAGAACGCAAAGAACAAUGA